AUGCCUUCGGACGCGCGAGAUGUGGCGGACGAUCGGAUACGAGAAGAUCCUACUGCUACUUCUUCUACGACUACGUUUGAAUACGAGUCUACGGCCGAUGGAGAUGUCGUCAUUCACCACCAUCAUCAUCAUGCUCCAACACCGACUGACAGUGCCGAAAGCAACAAGGAAAAACUCGGGACAUGGCAGUCUCCUGGCAUUCGAGCGUCUGCCAACAAACGACACAAUCGUCAUCACUCACGCAAUCUGUCGGCUCAUUUUUUUGACGCUACCAAGUUGACGGAUGACGACGAUGAAGUGACGUUUGACAAGAAGGAAAGUAGUCCUGCCGUCGGACAAAAGCAUCGACGCAUGUUUUCGGGAGAUGUCUCCAAUCCACCACUGGCACAUCGGAGAAUCAAUUCUAUUGGAAAUGCGGCGGCGGUCGAUCGAUUUCUAGGACGACCGCGCAAUCGACAUCGACGAGAAGACUCGGCUGGACUGGAUAUUCUAUCGGCGGCUGUCGAUGUCACCAAUGACGAGUUGGCGGAUGCGGCAGGAGCCAGGACAACACCGAUUUGGGAGGACGGUAGUCACAAUGCCCCAGCCAACACGAGUGCGACGGCAAAACAUCAACGACUCUCCAGUCUAGACUUUUAUGACUACUCGGCCAUUCCACCACCGACCAACACGCGACACCCACAUCCUGCCACGGCACCACCGGCACCCGUUGUUACUGCUGGACCCAUGAAGCCACCACCGGCCAGAAGUUUCCCCCAUCCUCAUACAACACCUCAUCCCCAUCAUCACGGAUACAUGCCUCCUCCGCCAGGUCACCCUCAUCAUCCUCCACCACCGCCACCCACUCUUUCCUAUCAUCACCAUCAUCCUCACCAUCCACCGCCGCCACCACCACCCCAUCAUCAUCACCACCAUCAUCCUCAUUACCCACCACCUCCCUCUUAUUAUUCACAUGCACCACCACCACCACCGGGACAUGUGCAUCCUCCCCCGCCGCCACCACCGCCCAGAUCCUAUCCAGUCCAAUACUCCCAUCGGGCACCUCCUCCUGAACCAUACAAGACGCUAUAUCCACCGCCUGUAGUGGAAGAACCGCGACAAUCGUCCCCGACGGCUGGAACCUAUGGGGAUGAAAAAAUUGAAUCCGACGAGAAAUUAUUUGGCAACAAGGACAAACCCACCGAAGCGACAACUGCAAAUGCGACACCAUGGACUCCGGAAACCAAUGAGCGUGACAGUAAUACGACAGCAGCAGCAGCAGAACCACCCGCACCGACGUCGACGUCAACUACUACCGCUGCUCCCGAGCCAUCAUCCAAACCGUCGUCCAUGAGUGCCCAUCAUCGAAAAUUGUCAUCGUUUUCCAGUAUGGGAGCACUCAUUAGUGCUUCCAUGUUUGCACCGCCAGAGGGAGAUGAGCCCCAUCCAUUAAAGGCACAUCAUCGAGCCACGUCAAGCACCAUUUCAUUUUUGCAGGGAUUGGAUGUACUGGAAGGAUCUGAUUUGACCUUUUUGCACAAUGUACAGGCGUCUGCGCCCAGUUAUGGAGCACCCGCUCCGGCUCCUUAUGCACCACCACCGGCGCCAAGGUCAGCCUAUCCGGUACAGCCGCCUCACUAUCCACCACCACCGGUUUCAUCGGCCAUGCCACCUCCGCCCCCACCGCCUUUGGGGCCACCACCACCGACAACAUCACAACCACCGCUAAUGGGCACGGUGGAUGAAAUGGACGAACCCAGCAAAUUGGCAGCCGGUGGAGCCAGCAAGCGUGUGCGUCGCAAGUGUACCAUGGCGGGAUGUCCCAAUCGAGUCGUUCAAGGUGGCUUGUGUAUCUCCCAUGGCGCCAAACGCAAGACGUGCAAACAUGCCGGAUGUACCAAAAAUGUCAAGAAAGCGGGGUUGUGCAGUACUCAUGGACCAGCACGAAAACGGUGCGAAGCCGAAGGAUGUGGAAAGGUGGCCGUACAAGGUGGUCGCUGCAUUGCCCAUGGGGCCAAGAAAAAAUUGUGCUCGGUGGAAAAUUGCAAGAAACAGGCCAUUCUCAGUGGUAUGUGCAAGAAACAUCACGACAAGUUUGGUGGUGAUCCCAAUGAUAAUACCAUGACGUGUGUCGUCAUUGGAAGCAACAAUAGUGGCACGGAACAUGCGACCACAACAUCCUCCAGACCCGCGCAGAAACCAGGUCAUCAUCGUGGGCUAUCGAUCUUUCAGGAUUUGAGUGUCGAUGCGGUUGGGAAUCUGUUGGCAGACGACGAUCCAUUGAGCUUGUAG